CUAAUGGAAACCGCUUUGUGGGCACCUGGAGCGUCGGACAGAAAAACGGACACGGCAAGUUCUGCUACCUGGACAGAGGUCAGCUGUAUGAAGGCUUUUGGGUUGACGGUGUUGCUAAGUGUGGAACCGUGUUUGAUUUUGGGAGAGAAGCAGCAGUUAGACCAACAGUGUAUCCAAUUCCCAAGGUUUGCCUACAGGACUCACAGGCUGUGCUGAUGGAGGCACAAGCAUAUUUCACCGAGGACAAGGAGAAAUCAACAGAGACCACGAUUCCAAAUCACAUGGUUGCUAGGCAAUAUGUACCUUGACUAUAUCCUGAAAUCCAAAAAGGCAGACUAGUGCAGUGAAAUACGUUUUAUCAACCCCUCACACACAAUAAAAACACUAUCACACAAUACAUAAAAGCUGUUGGUACAUUCUGCAUCUACUAGUAUUGAACAAAAUGGCAAGAUUUUGUUUUUGGCAAGAAAUGCAUGUCAUACAUGACAUAAAAGAACACAAAAAGGUGUUUGGUUGAAGUUGGUCUGAUUAAGACUUUAAUUAAAAUGUAUAAAACUGGGCUUUUAAAUUCCAGCACAUGCUGUGCACUAAUAAAAAGAGCUUCUUAAUCAAACUUUACACAAGCUGUUUGCACAAGAUGGAUAUUAUUUCACAAACUUCUGGGAAAAAAUCAUUGUAUUUCAAUUUGGCAAUACUGAACAUGUUAAUUUAAUGUUUUUCACCAAUGCUGCUGAUGUAACUACAUGCUUAAACGGUCCUCUGCUUAAUAAAUACUUUAUAAAAAUGUGUUUGCUAGCAUAAUCACACAAUCCUGCCAGCCCUUUAGCCGUGACGGCUCUAAGCACUUGCGUCCAACUUCAGAGUGAACAGAGGCCCCUUUAAUGGGAAGCUGUUUCAAAUACUACCAAAAAAGGUCAGACAAACAUGUUGAUAAAGUGCCUUCGUUUCUACUAAGAUGUGCUCAUUCAGGGGGUUCAUUUAGGAGAACAAUGGAGUUUGAAUAAGACUGAUUUUUGGUUUUGAUUCAGCUGUUCAACAGCAAAGCCCUGAUUCAGAACGCAUCAAAAUUAUUUGGUCAAGUGGACAUAAAAGUGUCCCCUGUACUGUAAUAACUUCAAACACAUUACAAGUGUUUUU